AUGGGCGAGAAGCGCAAAGCAACUGAAGAGGCUCCUGGUCAGCCAAUGGCCAAGGGUCUCGACAGUGUCACAUCUCAGGAAGCGACCCUGCAAAAGCCAUUGGAAGGGCCACCAGAAGACAGUGUUUCUCGAGAUCGCCACUUUGCUGAAUUGUACACCAAAACACCCGACUUUAAACAACUGUCGCUCCAGGACAAAGACUUUGCUUUGUUAUGGAACAAGCACAAGACGGAUUUCUUCGACAACCCGCAAUGUGUCAUGCAGCUGACCAAAACUCUUCUCAAACUCGACUUUGGACUUGAGAUCGAACUCCCUGAUGACCGGCUCUGUCCGCCUAUCACGAAUCGACACAACUACGUGCUGUGGCUGAAAGGUCUCAUGGAUAGCACUUCGUAUGAGGAGCCGGGCAGUAAACUCGUUGGCCUAGACAUUGGUACCGGGGCCAGUUGUAUCUAUCCUCUGUUGGGGUGUGCCCAACGACCAUGGGAAUUCAUCGCCACUGACAUUGACUCAAAGAGCCUCGAGUGCGCUCGCAAAAAUGUAGCUCUCAACAAUCUAGAGCACCGAAUCAAGGUUGUGGAACGAAAGCCAACAGACGCCAUCAUCCCUCUCGACGAUCUCAACGUGGACAAAAUCGACUUCACAAUGACCAACCCGCCCUUUUACAAAUCAGAGCAAGAAAUGAUCAAGAGCGCCGAGCAAAAGUCUCGACCUCCUUUCACGGCAUGCACGGGAGCCAAGGUCGAGAUGGUCACUGAAGGUGGCGAAGUUGCUUUUGUCGACCGUAUUCUCAAGGAGUCGCUCAAGCUACGAGAGCGUGUACGUUGGUAUACGGCCAUGUUCGGCUUCUUGACAAGUCAGGUUGACUUUAUCGCCAAGUUGCGUGAGCACGGAAUCGACAACUACGCUGUGACUGAGUUUGUCCAGGGCAACAAGACGCGGCGAUGGGCAGUUGCUUGGAGCUUUGGGAGCAUGCGGCCGACACAGGAUGUUGCUCGUGGCAUUAAGACAGCCGUCUCGAAGAACAUUCUCCCAGAGAUUACAGAAGAAAAGGUCGUCGAUGUGCCUUUGCCUGAGAAGGUUGGCGAUUUCGCGGAUCGUUUCAGAGAUGAGAUUGCCAAGCUCGAGCUGACAUCAUGGGAGUGGGACAAGGAGCGCCUCGAGGGCACGGGACGAGCCGCCGACAGAGUGUGGGCACGAGCAUGGAGAAGACGGAAGCAACGGGAGAUGCAGACCGAGGUCGCCGACGGGUCCAAGGCCGAAGGGGCAAAGUGUGUCCUCGCGUUCAAGGUGUCUAUCCGCGUCGCCCAGGAUCACAUCUCGGUGAGCUGUCGAUGGCUCGAAGGUCACGAUGCUGUCGCGUUUGAGAGUUUCCGGGGAUACUUGAAGAAGACGGCACGGGGCAUCGUGGGCUCUGAGGAGGGCACACGGACUUGA